AUGGGGAAAAGCAAACAGGCUCCGAGAAGAGUUUUUAUCAACAGGAUAGACUCGUAUGCGUCCAGAAACAUCGCCAAGCUGUUGUGUGAAUGCGGGGUGGAUACAGCUGGGGAUGCCUCUGAAGACCUGGACGGUGAAACAGAACCCGACCAGACUGAGUCAGGAGGAUUCCAGGUCGUCGGGACUGUCUCAGACCAGUCCGAGGAGGAGUGGCCAUUUGUGCUGGAGAAGUAUUUUCAACCAGACAAGGGUGAUUUGCUGGCCAAACUGCUGUCUUGUGAUGUUGUUAUCUACAACAUCAGCCAGCAUGCUGAUCAGGUGGAAGAAGGCUUCUGGGCUGCUUCAGCUCUUCACAAUGAAAUGGGACAUUUCUCCAAACCGAAGGUAUUCAUUCUCAUCUCUACGGUGAUGACUUGGGCCUGCAGCAAGUCCCCUGGUCCUGAUGAGCCGGAGCUGCUCACCGAUGAGAGUUUCAGGAGCAGAAAGGCACAUCGGAACUUCAAAACACACAUCGACUUAGAGAAGAAGGUGGUCAAACUGGGAAAAACGAACAAAGCUGUGUUCUCCACAUACGUGGUGGCUUCAGGACUGCAGUACGGGAUGGGAGAACAAGUCUUCCACUACUUUUUUAAGACUUCAUGGAUGGGAGAAGAACAUGAAAUUCCCGUCUUUGGAGACGGAAACAACUUUGUUCCUACGAUUCACAUCAGCGAUCUGGCAAGAGUGGUUCAGAACGUGAUCGAACAUCGGCCGGAGCCACAGUACCUGCUGGCUGUUGACAGCUCCAGCUGCACCCUGGGGGACAUCGUGAAGGUCUUCGCCGCUGAACUGGGACCAGGGAAGAUCUGCAAAAAGCCUUUUGAGGAAGCCUUCCUUAUUAAAGACUUAAGUGUGAUGGAAAUUGAUUCCAUGCUGGUCAACCUCCGCCUGUCUGCAGCUCACAUUGAGACGCUGUUCUCCAUUAACUGGCUGUGUCAGUCUGGUCUGGUGGAAAACAUCGACCUGGUGGUGAAAGAGUACCGGCAGGAGCGGGAACUGCUGCCCGUCCGUGUCUGUGUUCUGGGUCCUCCUGCGGUGGGGAAAAGCACGGCGUGCAAAGCCAUCUGUGAGCACUACAGACUGCAUUACAUCUCUCUGAAGGACGCAGAGAUCAUCCCCCAGGAAGGCGUGAACUCUGACCCAGAGAACCACGAGACGCUCAGCAGCCUGAAGCAUACGGAUCAGAAUGAAGGUGUUUUGGACGACCAGCUGAAGAUGCUGAAUGAAAAACUGCAAUCAAAUCCAUGCAGAAACCAGGGUUUUGUUCUGGAUGGUUUUCCUGAGACUUAUGAACAAGCCAAAGAGUUCUUCUACGAUGAAGAGGAUGGCACAUCCAAGAUUGUACCUGAGUUUGUGCUGUGUCUGGAUGCGUCAGAUGACUUCCUGAUAGACCGAGUGAUCAACCUGCCCGAGAGCGUAGUCCAAAAGCACAACUACGAGCAGGAGCACUUCCUGAGGCGGGUGGCCGAGUACAGGAAGAACGCGGACGCUGACCCGGUCAUCAACUACUUUCUGGAGAUGGACGUCGCCCCUCUGCACCUCGAGAUCGGCAGCAGCAGCGAACCUGACUGGGGGCUGCUGAUGCAGAAGGUCUAUGACACUCUGGGUCAGCCCAAAAACUACAGCUCCACCAGGGAGGAGGAAGAAGAGGAGGAGCUGAGGAAGGCAGAGGAGGGGCUGAGGAGGGAGGCCCAGGACAAAGAAGAGGAGGAGCGGUGGAAGGAGGAAGAGGGCAGGUGCAGGGAAGCACGCUGGAAGGAAUGGACUGAGAAACAGGAAGUGGUGAGGCAGCAGGAGGAGGAGCUGCUGGAGGCCCAGUCGCUCUCCACGAGGAACUACCUGCUGGAGCACGUCAUGCCGACGCUGACCCAGGGUCUGGCCGAAUGCUGCGCCGUGCGGCCGGAGAACCCGGUGGAGUUUCUGGCGGAGUACUUGUUUAAGAACAACCCCUCUGACUACUAACAGUAGAGAUUAGUCCUUGUUGAUGGACCCACAUGAGAUGUGAGUAAAUACAAGAUAUUGAAGCCAGUUUCAUGUUCUUUUUUUCAUUAGUCUUUGAGACUUGUCAUCACAUUGCAAGUGUCCCUCAGUUCACGCUUGGAAUCUGAUAAGGUCUAAUUAGUAAGUGGCCCGUUCUCCUGCCCCUGUUGGGUUUCCGCUCUGAUUUCUUUGGGCUCUGGUGUGCUAGCCAUUACUUAAAAUCACCCCAAAAAGCAAAUGAAAGCGUGCACGAAGCCAAAAGCUAAUUAUGGAAGUUAAUUUGCCUAAUGAACUUGGUAAACUCAAAAGUCGACACGCUCGGAUCGUAAUUGCUUUGAUUUGGCUGCCGAUAUCCAGGAAGGAUGAAAUGCUAUAAAUGGCAGCGAGUUUGUGGCUCCCUCAUGUUGCCACUCACGACUCCAAAGUGCACAUAAUUGGUUGCAAACGGACCUCCAAAUUAUUUCAUUGUACAUACCUAAUCACCACACGGGGAAAUUAAGAGAGUUUAUCUGGAAAACAUCGUGACGCAGGCUGCCGCCGGAUAAUUUGAUGCACCAUCUGUGAGUCCCAGGUACAAACACACACACGCAACGUGGGGAGUUUCCUGAAAACACAUCCCUGACGAGGUCUGUAAAUGUUAUGUAAACAUGUCUGUUGGUUUUCUAUGUGAACGUUCUCACACGGCAAAUGACUGACGGCAAAUUUCCAGAACUUCAGAAGGUGAAUCUUUGAAUGCAGGCCCUUAAAAGGAUCUUGUCUUUCUUAAGCAUGUAGAGUGAUUGCAGGUUUUUAUUCACUAGUUUUUGUUUUUAAUUGCGUGCUUAAGUUUGGAUCCUCACCUAAACCAAGUGAAUGAUGGGAAGGAAAAAAAGCAGAAUUAAUGUUAUUUUUCAGUGCGUUUUGCUGCUGAAGUUGUUUUGUUCAGGUUGGCAGGUGCUGAGUAGCUCUGUUUUUUUGCAAUAAAUCUCACAAAUAUAGAUAUUUACACAUUUUAAUGCAUUGAAGACAGAAAAAACAAAAGAAAUACAGAGGAACAAUUCUGGUCUACAGCAGAAGUUUUUUUUUUUGCUUUUCUAUCAUCCAGGUUUGUU